GGCUCGUGCUUCUCAACAGGUGGCAAGCCAGAUCGCUACCGACCAUCGGGCCUCAACGCCAGAAAUCUCUGAAUUUAUAUGAAGAAUAAUAUGUAAAACCUGCUUCAUCGAUCAGUCUGCUUCAUGCAAGGGGUGCUUCCUUUCAAGUUCCAUUGCCCCAUUGCGUGUGCCUCCUGUCAUUGAGCACCAGGCACCUUGAGGGAGAAAGCGAGGAGCGUCAGCGGCUUGGAGCAGCCGCCCUCAGAGCUAUCUCCUUCGGACUUGAAGAACGAAGGAAUGGGCCACAACAACGAGCUAGCUCCAAUCUGGCGGCUGCCGGAGGUUAAUCUGGCCAAUUGGGGCAGGCUGGGCCCCGGGUUCGGUUUGGGAGUGGGGUGCGGGGUGGGAGUUGGACUAGGGCUUGUGGGUGGGCUUGGAUUGGGGGUGGGGUUGCCCAUGAUGAGCGUCGGGUUUGGCGCAGGCGCCGGAUGCGGGAUAGGUUUGGGUUUCGGGUACGGAACUGGGAGAGGCCAUGGUUGGGAUCGGAGGGGCAAGCACAGCAACCUAGCCAACCCCAAAGCCAGUAGACUGAGAAAGAGCUGGCGGCAACUGCCACGGGGGUCCGGGGAUCUGGAGGACUUCCUGAGCGACGUCUGGAGCGAGGUGUCGAGAGUCUUUGACGACUCUGAGAACCGCAGGAGAUGACACGACGUCCUUAAGAAUUUCUAGACUGCCCCCUAAUUAUGUAAAUACUAUGCUGCUAGAAGUCGACUGCAUGGUUCGAUUGUAUAGUGGAAAGGGACCUGUGAGCGAUGACUCAAGUAGACGGAAGUCAUUUGCAGACUGUACAGUAUCUAGGUUUGACCUCUGCUCAGUGCUGACUUUCAUCAUGGUUGGUGUUAGUAUCAUGCGCGGCCUUCUAGUUUCAUUUAGAAAUACUGCUAUGACUUCUAUCGGGGUCACCGGAGCUCCGCUUAAAUUACCAGCUAGGGCUUGUACUUCAGUUGACGGUGACUGUUGCAAUACUGUGCGAGCUGAUGUUCAGCCAUACCAUGGAUUUCUUAUGUAGAC